CUAAAUACCCCCUUCCUCCAAAAAAAUCGUUCCUGUUUGAAAAAUGACGCAUCCUUAAAAUUUGGAAUUUUAAUAUUAAUUAUUCUUUAAGUAUGACUCAUCUAGGAAAGAAUACUAAAAUUACUCAUUUUAAAGCCCCUUCAACACUUUACGUUAUUUUCCUCACCCCUAUUCUUCAAUGUCUACACAAUCCUCCACCGCGCGCCAGUCCGCGACCGAGCUUGGCGACCAGGGCUCUGCUUGGAACACCGACCAAAAGAUCCAAUUUAGCUCGUGCUCUCACGAGGAGAUAGUGGCGGAUUCCGUCUUUGAUGUCCCACCGGGCUUCUUCGCAAUCCAACUCAAAUCCCUCAAGUAUGGGUUUCGCUUCCCUCUUCAUCUGCUAGUUGUCGCAUUCUUCCACCACUUUGACCUCCUCCCCUGCCAAAUCGUCCCAAAGUCGCAUCAUUACGUGGCCGGCUUCCUCAUUCACUGUCAACAAACCGAGGUCCGCCCCGAUUUGGGCCGCUUCUUGAUCAUAUUCUGGCCGGCUAAGUUUUCUGGCGUGGACUCGGGCUCCUACGCUGCCCUCGUCCAGAUGCAGGAGAAGAUCUUCAAAUCCAAGGACUCUGUUAAGAGCUGGAAGGAGAAGUUCAUCUUGUCUCCCCUCCCUUGGGCUCCCCUUUGCGCGAGGAACCACCUAGUUCCGGUGGCAAGGUCAAGGGCUCGCAAGGGCGUCCCACCUCGGGCGGUCUCCCCCACGCCGCCUAUCAACUCAGCUUCUAGGGAGGCGCCCAAGAUGAAGAAGCACAAGGAGACGGCCUCGUCCUUGGCCACCCCGAGGGGAUCCGAGUCUCCUCACAUGACUCAUUCCGGGCAUCCUUCCGGAGUCAAGCUGCGGCUCUCAAAGGAGGACAGGGCCAAGGCCCAUGAUGAGACGGCAGCCUCCGAGGAGGGUGCUUGCCAAGCUGAGGAGCGUGCGUGGGCCGCUGAAGAACGGGCCUAGAAAGCUGAGGAAACGGAUCGCAAGGCCAUCGAAGGGCGCGAUCAGGCUGUGGAGGAGUUCAGGCAUCACCCACCUUCCAAGAGGCGGCCUUCGCACGCAUGAAGGAUCUGCUGAAGUCUUGGGAGUCGACGGGCGAACGGCGGGAGUUUUCCUGUGCUAAGGGAACCUUCU